AUAAGCGGAAAGGUUUUCCGCUUGUGCAGAACCGCAAAGUGUUCUGGUUUGCAACUGUAUUGGUGCUUGUAUGUACGUGACUUCACUAACGUUUCCGAGCAAGGUUUUCCGGGAAGAAGGGGACCGGUGUAGGUUGAAUACAUGCAUCGUUAGGAAUUUGUGAUAUGAUGCGCUUGCCACAUUAAAAUCUCAGGGCUUCAUAAAUCUUUUAAACGUCCAUCGGAAAGCAUCGAUUAGGUCGGUUAUCGGUUUGUAGACGUCGUUCAGUGCAUGAAUGUCCUCCGGUCGGCUAGCAUCCUGCUUGGUUUGUAACAGGAACAAAAAUAUCGGACGCUAGUUGGUUAGUGGGUACUCAUGAAAGUACAGGAGGGUUGUGAGCCAGUGGUUAUCCUAAGAAACCGGUGCAAUUCCAACAAUCCAGUGGUGUUAAAAUGUCCCUGCACACGGUUGCCUACAAGGAACCGCACAAGUCACCGUUGUCAAUCGGCGGAAGCACACCUGGUGGGACAGUUCCAGCGAAAACGCCAUUCUCCAUCGAGGAUAUCCUGUUUCAGAAUGGAACCGGUAAUAACAACAACAGUAGUAAUACCAACUUUAACGUGAAACCCGCCGGUGAAACGAAACUUCACGGUUCAUCACCCGGUGCCCAAGUGAUCGACAGUGGUGGCAGCAAUAGCAGCAGCAGUAUAUCGUUAGACUCCUGUGGUGGAACCCGGAAGGUGCCCCAAUUUGUGAAUAAUAACAGAAACGUGAACGGUUACAAUAAUAGUGGUAAUAUAGGUGCUAACAAGGUGAUAGGCAGUGGCAGCAGCAAUAGGGAAGUGAAUGGAGCCGGUAACGGCGAACAGGAUUAUCGGAAGGCAUUCCAGGCGGAAAGGUACAACAAACUACCACACCCACCGAAUGGUCCCCCAACGUCGGUCAGCUCGUCCGGACCCCACGGUCCACACUUCAGCGGACCGAACCCGAGCGUCAUUUACUCCGGCAAUCCGUAUGGAGACCCGGGAUACCUACAAAUGGCGCUUGGUGCUUACCUCGCUCCAUCUGCCAGCGGCUAUAAGACGGUGGACCCGUUCUUCCUUUCGCAGGGUUUGUUCGCCGGUUCUCCACUCUUCCCUGGCGGUGGCUGUCCCGACAUAGCCCUCGGUCUUGGCAUGGGUAUGAGCGCUCUGCGGCACUGCCGGCGACGGAAAGCCCGAACCGUAUUCAGUGACCCCCAGCUGACCGGUCUCGAGAAGCGCUUCGAAGCUCAGAGGUACCUUUCGACUCCGGAACGAGUCGAAUUGGCGUCGGCGUUGGGUCUGAGCGAGACCCAGGUCAAAACGUGGUUCCAAAAUCGUCGAAUGAAACAUAAAAAGCAACUGCGUAGGAGGGAAGUCAACAAUACGGAACCCGUGGACUUUUCCCGCAACGAAUCCGGCGGCACAGUACCAGGUGCUGGCUCCAGUGGUGGAGCCUUAUCCCAGUCGACCGCUGCGGCCGCCGGUAGCGGAGCAAUUCGACCAGGCGCCGUCGGUGGAGUUCCCAGUGGUGAGAAAAAUGCAUUCGUGAUGUACACCAGCAAUAGUAAUGGCGGUCAGAAGCAACCCGGUAAAGCCAUGACCAUCAGUGGUACACCGAUUGGGGGAAUCCUCAAGGAACUGCAUCACAGUUCUACAAAUUCACCAUUCAGUCUAGUUCGACGAACUAUGCUAAGCCGAAAUGGCGAAGGACUUAGUGACGACGACGAUGACUACGUCAACGACUCCGAUGAGGACUGCAGCGAUGUUGACAUCGUAGGAGAUGAAAAGGGCUACAUGACCUAGAUGUUGUGUCAAUUUUUCCGUUAAAAUUAGAGUCGCGCUAGGAAAUGUUAGGAGCUUGAAUAUACUAGUCAUUAGGUUGUACUGCUUAGAAGCGUUAAAGUGAGCACAGUUUUCUUAAAACCUUCAGUGCAGUAGUGUUAUUCCAGCAUGUACAAAUAAUAAAAUGCACUAGUGAAAAAUAAUUACUCAACAUCAACUCACCGCAUAAACCACCUGUAUAUAAAUUGGAUUGCGAGUUCUAAAAUAAACCUUCAACUAGAA